AUGUCCGGCCUCAAGUUUGAUCCCGAGUACCUCAAGGCCAUUGGGCCAUUCAUCAGUGGCCCCCAGCCACUCCAACAGUCCAAUGAUAUCUAUGGCAGGCGGGCGACCAUGAACAUGAUCAUGACGGCGGCCAACGACUUUGCUCCCGCUCCACCCGCUGUCCCGCAGACCGUUUUUAUCGUCAAGGGCCGUGAUGAAGUCGAUAUCAAAGUCACACGCUUCGCCACCGAGGCGGCUUCUAAGUCGGAAACGCCGACACCUGCCGUGGUCUACUUGCACGGCGGCGGCUUCUUCUGUAAUAGCGUUGAAAUCUUUACACCUCGGAUCGCCCGCUAUGCUCACGACUCUGAUCUGCCAUACUUUGCUGUGAGCUAUCGUUUGGCGCCUGAACAUCCCGCACCUUGUGCCAUUGAAGACUGCUACGCGGUUAUCAAGCACUUGUCAGAGUCCUCCCAGGAGUUCAACAUCGACCCUAGCAAGAUCAUUGUCCAUGGAGAUAGCGCUGGAGGAGGAGUUGCUGCUGGCGCCGCUCUGUUGGCCAGAGACCGCAAGCUUGAGCCUCCCUUGGCGAAGCAGAUUCUGAUUUAUCCCAUGCUGGAUGACCGGACCAAGGUCAAAGGUGACGACCCGAGUAUCGAGCUCAUGGUCUGGAAGCCGGAUGCAAAUGUUGUCGCCUGGGACGCUUAUCUUAGCGAAGCUCGGAAGGAUAGCGGCAUCUUGCCCUAUGCAGUGCCGGCCAGGGCUGCCAGUCUACGGGGCCUACCACCUACUUACAUAGAAGUCGGAACUCUAGAUCUAUUUAGAGAUGAAGACAUUGAGUAUGCCACUCGGUUGGCUAGGGAGGAUGUCGAGGUUGAGUUUCACCUUUGGCCUGGUCUACCGCACGGGUUCGACGGCUUCCUGAAUCUCAGCUGGUAUGAAAGGGCUAAGGAGAGCCGGAUCAGCGCCUUGAAGAGGGUUUGA